AUGCACCACCAACAAGAAUGUAAUUGCAAAAGAAGGUCCUUAAUGAAAAGUUUAUGGCUUGCAUUGGGUCCAUCUAUUUGUAUGUUAUCCACUCUUGGUGGGGUAUUACUUGUGGUUAUUGCUACUCAUAUGAUAUAUCGUGCUUCUUCUGAAACUGAUGGUGCACUUGGAAACGUAACCUUCCCCUUAUUGUAUUUGAUCAUUGGGUCUUUACGUAUGUCUGGUAUAUGGAUACUGAGCCAAUGGGUUAAAUCUGUUGCUAAACCUUUGAAAGCGGAUAAACCUCAACAACAACAACAAUUGCAGCCACAACAAUUGCAGCCACAACAAUUGCAACAAUUACCUGAUGAUUCUCGUUUGAAUCAAAUAGAAUCACAUUAUCUUGAUUUGAAACAGGAAAUGGCUACCAUUCUUGAAAACCAACGUUCAACUCCAUUAAUUACUUCAACUCCAUUAAUUACUUCAACUCCUACAUCUCCUGAAUUUACAGAAUUGUUACAAAAUAUCAACACCAAUAUGACUCGACUUUUGGAAAAAAAAGAUUCCUUUGAUCUUGCAACUCCAAAUUCAGUAUAUGAUGAUCAUCAAGGUUCAAAUUUGGAUGAAGAACUUGUAUCAGUGCCAUUAUUCCCAUUCAGUUCUCUUAUGACGUCGCCAGCAAUAAGAGAUAAACGUGAUUCUUACCUUACAGAUGACGAUACAGUGUUUGAAGGAAUGUCAAAUGGAGAAUCACCAUCAAAUGGAACAACCCCCAUUGAUCUAAUGUUUGAACCUUGGUCGUCAGGAAAUAAACUUCAUGAUUAUGACCAUAACACUCCAACUGCUCAUGAUGAUGAUGAUGAUGAUGAUGAUGAUGAUGAUGAUGAUGAAGAAGAAGAUGAAGAAGAAGAUGAUGAUCCCAAACCAAGUCAGAGAAUGUACUCAUUGCAUGGACUUCCAUUAACCUCAAGUAUUGAACGUUUGAUAACAAGAAAUACAAACCGUGUAUCUAUAAAGGAUUUUCAAAUGUCCGAUGUUUCAUCUGAUAGUUACGUUCUUUCAAAAGAUGAACGACUUACUGAAAUAUUAUUAUUCUUCAUUAAUUCAUGUAUGCAUCAAAUUACGAUGCUGAAGUUUUUAAAUGAUCCCUAUGGAGUUUUAAAACAUGUUUUCAUUGAAGUGAAGCCACACGUUAACAAUUAUUACCAUCAAAAACUUGCAACCUAUACAAUGUUCACAAUGUUGAUAAAAAGAGUGAUAGUUGAGUAUUUCUAUCAUCAUAUUAUAACCAAAUCAAUAUCUCCGAUUGAUACAAUCUUCAAGAUCCAUAGAUUUUGUAUGAGAUUGAUAUGGAAAUUCACUUAUCCUUUAUUCAUGAUCUUCAUAGUCUUACCUUGGAACAUACUUCGGGUAUAUGUUUCUAUCAUGUGUUUCAUUCCCCGUGCACUCUUCCGGGUCUUUAUAAUGCUUCCCUUGUUCGGCUUUUGCGAAUCACGGCGAGUGAGGAGUAAGUUCAGCAACAGCACUGAAACUGAUAAAGAGUUUCAAGGUAUAAAGAAAUUCAGGCUAUCAUCCACCAACAGAAUACACCAAGUUAAAACCAGAAGACUUCCUAUUGAGAACUUAACCAAACGAUAUCAUCGUGAGCAUGAUCAUGAUGAAGAGUUCAGUCGUCAGUCUGAGAGACGUUCAGAACAUGUUCGAUUAGCGUUCAAAGACUGA